CUUUCUCUCUCUUUCUCUCGCCUCGCUCCCUCCGCCCGGUUCUCUCAGGAGCCUGCAGACCAGUCGGUGGUUCUGGGUCAGAGGGUGGUCCUGUCUUGUGUGGUUUUUAACUACUCUGGCAUCGUUCAGUGGACCAAGGAUGGACUGGCCUUAGGCAUUGGACAAGACCUCAGGGCCUGGCCCAGGUACCGUGUGUUGAGGCUGGUGGAUGUGGGUCAGUAUAACCUGGAGAUCUCUGCGGCCGAGCUCUCUGAUGACUCUCUUUACGAGUGCCAGGCUACGGAGGCUGCUCUGCGCUCCAGGAGAGCCAAACUCACCGUCCUCAUUCCACCAGAUGACCCUGUAAUUGAAGGGUCUCCAGAGAUCCUCCUGACUGCAGGAGUACCCUAUAAUAUGAGCUGUGUAUCCCGGGGGGCCAAACCCGCGGCCGUCAUAGAGUGGCUUAAAGAAGGCCUACCAGUGGAGGGAGCAGUCAGCACUACAGAGGUUCUCCCGGAUCGGAAGCGGGUGACUACACGGAGUUAUCUGCCAAUUCUACCUGUAGACACAGAUACAGGGAAAAAUUUCACCUGUGUCACCACUAACCUCGCAGUGCCCAUGGGCAAACGCACCACAGUUACUCUGAACGUCCACCACCCUCCUGUGGUAACACUCUCCAUUGAGCCACGGUCAGUCCUGGAAGGAGACAGAGUCACCUUCACCUGCCAAGCUACUGCCAACCCACCAAUCAUGGGCUAUAAGUGGGCAAAGGGAGGUGUCGUCAUCCAGGGGGCGAGAGAGAGCGUGUUCAUCACUAAGGCAGAUCACUCGUUCUUCACCGAGCCCGUCUCUUGUCAAGUGUUUAACGCCGUGGGCAGUACUAACGUCAGCAUACUGGUGGACGUCCACUUUGGUCCUAUCCUGGUUGUGGAGCCCAGACCAGUGACAGUGGACAUUUAUUCUGAUGUCAGUCUUAACUGUAAGUGGGCUGGAAACCCUCCUCUUACCCUCACCUGGACCAAAAAGGGCUCCAACAUGGUGCUCAGUAACAGUAAUCAGCUGUUUCUGAAGGCGGUGAGCCAGGCAGACGCUGGUCAGUAUGUGUGUAAGGCCAUUGUGCCCAGGAUUGGUGUGGGAGAGACUGAGGUCACUCUAACAGUCAACGGUCCUCCCAUCAUUUCCAGUGACCCUGUUCAGCACGCGGUCAGGGGAGAGAGAGGAGAGGUCAAAUGUUACAUAGCCAGCACUCCUCCUCCUGAUAAGAUAGUGUGGGCGUGGAAGGAGAACGUAUGGGAGAAGGAGAAAGGAACCCUGCCGGAGAGAUACACGGUGGAGCAGAGCAAGCCCUCUUCUCAGGGUGGAGCCGUCUUAUCCACUUUAACCAUCAACAACGUGAUGGAGUCCGAUUUUCAGUCCACGUACAACUGCACCGCCUGGAAUGCCUUUGGGCCCGGCACCAUGAUCAUUACCCUGGAGGAGAAGGAAAUACUGCCAGUCGGGAUGAUCGCUACUUUAAUCGUGGUCGGUUCCAUUGUGCUGCUGCUUGGACUGUUAGCCUUAGUCGUCUUCUUGUAUUGCCAGCGUAAAGGAAGUCGGCGUGGGGUCACGCUUGGAAAGCCAGAUAUCAAGGUCGAGACCAUAAACAAAGAGACGCACAGUCUAGAGGAGGACACGGGCAGCGUUUCCACGGCAACCCGAAUGGUCAAGGCCAUGUAUUCCCCCUUUAAAGACGACAUCGACGUCAAACAGGAACUGCGCAGUGACACGCUGGACACUCGCCAAGACUACGAACUCAAGGAUCCAACUAAUGGAUACUACAACGUUCGAGCCUCUACCCACGAUGAGGGUAGGCCUGCUUCACGCUCCAUGCACUACCCUGAGUUUCGCCCCUCCAACCAACCAGGGGGCGCUGCAGCAGUCGGCAGCAGUGCAGGAGCCGCGGGGGCCACCGGAGGUCCAGGCACACCGGGUAGUAUGGCCCCAGGGUCUCGAGCCGCCUGCUACGACCCCAGGCCCCCGUCUAGACUCUCUCACAACAGCUACGCUCAGUUCAACACUUUCACCCGCGCGGGACAGACUCAGCAACCGCCGCCCAACACCGCCCCGCAGACGAGCGAUUUCCCCGGUGACUGCAGCCUCCUGGACUCCUCGCCCCAGCUAGCUUACGACAAUUACGGCUACCCGUCCCACUAUCCGACGUACCGAAUGGGCUUCGCUCCAACCAGUUUAGCUCCGUUGGAAGGAGGGCCAGCCUAUGAAAUGUAUGGGGUGGGGCCCAGUGUGGGAGCUGGGACUGCCACAGGAGCUGAGACUGGACUCGGGAAAUACGGGAGCUCCACCCGUUUCUCUUACACGUCCCAGCAUUCCGAUUAUUCCCACCGACACACACAGAGGAUGCAGACGCACGUGUGA